AUGUCAGGAGCCGCUGACCAUGGAACCUAUCGCAAGAAACUCUUGCUGGUUUUCGCUUUCAUUGGUUCAAUUGCGACUAUGUUGUUUUUGUUUGUGGUCCCCAAAGUUUACCUCCUAGGUGCAUUGCUUGCGGUCAUUUCAAAUACUUGCUUUGGUGCAUCUUUUGUCCUUUUGAAUUCGUUUCUGCCGGUUCUCGUCCGCCAUCACCCAUCGCUCAAGGAAAGGGAAGAGGCGAUAUCUUCAGGCGGUGAUGUGAUGAGCCCCAAUGGCGGCCCGUUGUUUUCUUCCGGAGAUAUUGACCGAACGAAUGUGGAUUACUCAACGCCGCUACUCGGAUCUAACAGGGAAACCACAAAAGCAUCUGCUGCCUCUGUCACUUCCCUCGAGCUUAGGCUUUCCACCAGCAUCUCAUCCAACGGCAUUGGUAUAGGCUAUAUCGGUGCAGUGAUUCUACAGGUGUUUUCUAUCUUAGUUGUUGUGGUCGUGCGUCCACCAACAUUCUCAUUACGCCUUGUGCUCUUCCUGAUUGGGCUAUGGUGGUUUGUUUUCACUAUCCCGGCAGCCUUGUGGCUGCGCACUCGACCUGGUCCGCCUUUGCUAGACAGUGACGGCAAACCACUCCAUUCAUGGAUCGGAUACAUGGUGUAUGCCUGGAAAUCUCUUGGAAAAACCGUGAUGCGGGCACGGCAGCUGAAAGAUAUCAUGAUCUUCCUUGCUGCCUGGUUCCUUCUUAGUGAUGGAAUUGCCACUGUCAGUGGCACUGCUGUACUGUUUGCAAAAACGCAACUGAACAUGAAGCCAGCUGCCCUGGGACUGAUCAAUGUGAUCGUCAUGCUUUCAGGGGUAUUCGGUGCGUUCUCUUGGAGCUAUGUAUCAAAUUUCUUCAACCUACAAGCCUCGCAGACAAUCAUUGCGUGUAUCCUCUUGUUUGAGCUCAUUCCACUGUAUGGUCUUCUUGGGUUUAUCCCGGCUGUGCAACGCGUGGGUCUUGGUCUUCAUCAACCUUGGGAAAUGUAUCCUUUGGGGGCGGUUUAUGGCCUUGUCAUGGGUGGACUGUCAUCAUACUGUCGAAGUUUCUUCGGGCAACUUAUCCCCCCAGGAUAUGAAGCGGCUUUUUACGCGCUUUAUGCAAUCACCGAUAAAGGGUCUAGCAUUUUUGGUCCAGCCAUUGUUGGUGCCAUUACAGAUCGUUAUGGUGAGAUUCGACCAGCGUUUGUGUUCUUGGCAGUUUUGAUUAUUGUGCCACUACCACUUAUGCUUUUAGUGGAUGUUGAUCGUGGGAAACGAGAUGCCUUGGCAUUGGGAGCUGAAUUGGAUAGCAUACAAGGAUCUGAAUAUGGGACCAUAUAUGACGAUCAAACACACCCGAUUGAAGAGUAA